AUGGCCACUGGCCAUCAUGCAAAAUGGAACAAAUACGAAUUUAUACUGCGAUUAAAAUGUGAAUAUGGUACAGAAAGUGAAUGGAUGCCACUUGUUAUCAGAAAUAUUCCGUCGUAUAACAUGUAUAAUAUCUGGUUAAAAUUAUCCGUAAUUGAACGUGUACAACGUGUUUCUUUUCACCAAGAUGAUAAAAAAGAAAUUGAUUGUGUAGAAGCCAUUGUUAAAAUGUCAGAUGGAAAUCAAGAAUACAAAUUAGAAGAUAAAUAUGGAAAUUAUACUCUUGGUAGAAAGAAAAAUUAG